GGGGCGGCGGCGGCGGCCGGGGCUCCCGACGAAGCUGCCCAGGCGUUGGGCAGCGCGGACGACGAGCUGAGCGCCAAGCUGCUGCGGCGCGCGGACCUCAACCAGGGCAUUGGCGAGCCGCAGUCGCCCAGCCGCCGCGUCUUCAACCCCUACACCGAGUUCAAGGAGUUCUCCAGGAAGCAGAUCAAAGACAUGGAGAAGAUGUUCAAGCAGUAUGAUGCCGGCAGGGAUGGCUUCAUCGACCUGAUGGAACUGAAACUCAUGAUGGAGAAACUGGGGGCCCCCCAGACUCACCUGGGCCUGAAGAGCAUGAUCAAUGAGGUGGAUGAGGACUUUGACAGCAAGCUCAGCUUCCGGGAGUUCCUUCUGAUCUUCCGCAAGGCAGCAGCAGGGGAGUUGCAGGAAGACAGUGGCUUGCACGUCCUGGCCCGCCUCUCGGAGAUCGAUGUCUCCACAGAGGGUGUGAAGGGUGCCAAGAACUUCUUCGAGGCGAAGGUCCAGGCCAUCAAUGUGUCCAGCCGCUUUGAGGAGGAGAUCAAAGCCGAGCAAGAGGAAAGGAAGAAGCAGGCUGAGGAGGUGAAACAGCGGAAAGCGGCCUUCAAGGAACUGCAGUCCACCUUCAAGUAGCCAGGGCCAAGGCCGAGACCCAGCCCUGCCCAGUGUGCAGUCUGGGGGCACGGAUGGGUACAGGAGACCUGUGGGAGACAGGCCUGAGUCCUGGUCUGUGUGCCAGGACCACUACUAAAAUCUAAACUGUACGUAAAUGGAUCUCAUUGAGGAGUCUCCCCGGUGAUUGGGCCAGUCCCUGCUCCCUCCCGCUGUCCCUGAGGCUGUGACACCAGACACCAGCAUCCUCUGUCUGGCCACCCUGCUGCCUGCUCUAGCCCAGUUCCAGCCCAUUCACCAUGCCCCUGCCUUGUCUACCAGCUACUUUCUCCACCCACCUACCCUUAACUAUAGGCCGCCCUGCCCUGAGCCUCAUGGCCCCUUCCUAAAUAAGAACCAGCAGAGAGAGUCAGUCCUCUCCACAGGACGCUUCCUUUCAGGCCCUUCUCUGCUGGACGUGGAAGGACUCCUGUUUUGGUGAAGAGAUCCAGGUCCUAGCACUCUAGGCUGAUAUGAAUGGGGCUAGAAGUGGAGGGACUCCUAUUUUGAUGAAGAGACCCAGGCCCUAACACUCUAGGCUAAUAAAAAACGGGGCCCAGGCAGGGUGAAGGCCACUGAAUCUACCUCACAGGCUGCACUCUGCUAGGCAUGUCAUGGGGACAUGAGUGACAGGGCUCUGUGGGGAGGGGCAGCUAUGUCUGUUUCUGACACCCUACCCCAUGAACAAGCUGAAGGUCCCAAGGGGCUGGGGUGGGGUGCCAAGGGAUUGGCCUUCCUAGGGACCUCAGCACUCUGCCUUGGAGUGCCUGACGUGUUUGUGUACUGGCAGAAGGACACAGGGCUGGCACCCCUUUCACACGUAUCCUUCCCUGCGCUUGUCACCAGUGACAACGCCUGCCUGUCAUGCCCACCCCUAGAACGCAUGGGGGUUCCCCAAGCCCACCCAUCGCCAGACAGGCCAUAGUGAAGCGCGUGCCAUUCCUCCGUAGCUCCCAUGUGCUUGCUCACAUGUGUGUGUGUAUGUGUGUGUGUGUAUCUGUUGCCGUGUUGGUGAAACUGUGACGUCACCCAGUCUAAGUGAACGGCCGUAGCGGCCGCCUUUGUGCAGCGUUCAGUGUGCCACCGCUUUGGAAGUUGAUGACUCUUUAUUUACCACAGCUCCUGGAGUCCCCAGUUCCCCCUGUGGGACUCGCAAAGGUUUUAUUUUUUCAGCCUUAGCACCCAUGAGAAUCAGAGGGACCGAGCCCAGCCCAUCCCGGCGGCUAUGGCCCUGGCUUGUGUUUGCCUUAGUGGAUAUGUUUAUACAGAUGGAUAUAAAUUCCCUUUGCUUUUGGCUUUUUGCAUUUUAUUUUUUUGCCCUCUCUCUCACCACCUUUUCCCCUGCUCCCCCCAGCAAAAAAAAAAGAAAACAGCUACUUCUUCAUUCAGUGGUACGAUUAUUUUUUUUAACUAAAACGAGAUAAAAGUCUAUAUUCUUA